AAAGUAUAUAAGAGAUGAAGUAGGUGGACAUCAGCAUCAGAUUUUUCUGGAUUUCUCCAAUCUCAUCAUUAUGAAGGUCAUCAUUUUCUGUGCUCUCUUUGCGUGCUCUCAGGCAGCACUUGUUCAUCACGGGCUUCUUGGAGCAGGAUCCAGUACUCAAUACAACACACAAGACGGUCUUGGCAAUUAUGCAUUCGGCUACAACGAAAACCACGGAUCUGGAGCUACAUUCCGAAAAGAAACCGGCUCCCAUGGUGUCGUUGCUGGCUCCUACGGUCUUGCAGUUGCUGAUGGUCGACAACGUAUCGUAAACUACGUUGCUGAUGCUGCUGGAUUUCGCGCAGACAUCAAAACCAACGAGCCUGGUGUAGAGCCUAAGGAUCCAGCCAACACUGCCAUCAACAAGGCCAGCCUCCUAGUCGCCCCUGCCAUUACUUAUGCGGCCCCCGCAACUCUUCACUUGGCUGGACACCCCAUCGGUGCCUACAGCUACAGCACUCUUGUUGGCCAUCAUGGAUUGGUUGCUCCUUAUCAUCAUAUCUGGUAGAUUCUUGAAUCUUCUUCAUCGGAGAAGUGCAUCAGUUUUGUAUUUUAUUUAAUGUAUGUUUGUUGAAAAUGUUUCGGUGGAAGAAUGGGGCUUUGGUGCCAAGUAUUGUGACGGUGCUGUCUAAUGAGAUUGCAGGACAAGCCUGUGAUUGUUUGUGAUAUAAUAAAUAUUUGAUAUUAAUAA